UUGCAGCUUGUCAAAAUAGUUAUUUGAAAUGAUUUAAUUACCAAAAGAAUGGACAGAGAAGUUCUUUGCGAAAGUUUAAUUGUCUGGUUGGAGACAUUUAAUCUGGAUGUUCCUCACGGCAACGCAGAAGAGCUCAGUGAUGGAAUUGCCAUGUCAAAGGUGCUGCAUCAAAUUGCCCCUGACUAUUUCACGGACUCAUGGCUGAGCAGGGUAAAAACUGAGGAUGUGACCAACUGGAGAUUGAAGGUUUCCAACCUGAAGAAAAUCCUCAAGGGCAUCCUUGAGUACAAUAUUGAGAUCCUGGGUAUACAGAUCCAUGACUUUCAGAUGCCGGAUGUGAAUGCUAUAGGGGAGAGCAGUAACCAUAUAGAGCUUGGGCGGCUGUUACAGCUGAUUCUUGGUUGUGCCGUAAACUGCACGGAAAAACAGGAGUACAUUCAGCGGAUUAUGUCAAUGGAAGAAUCGGUUCAACACGCCGUCAUGACCGCCAUUCAAGAGCUGAUGACCAAAGAAAUUGCCACAGAUGUGGACUCUGAAGUAGGAGAACUGGUACACGUUUGGAAAAGGAGUGUCUGGUGACCUGGAACUAACAUUAAAGUACUCGAGCUACAGUGCAGAGAAACAGUACAAGGU